UGAGAAGAGAGAAAGCAGAAGAACUUGCUGUUGCAGAGAUGGGAAUUAUUGAUCUAAAUGCUAAACAAAAAGAGAUUGAAGAAGAAGGGGGGAGAGAGAGAAUUAAUAUCGUUGAUGAUGAUCAGAAGGAGGAGGAGGAUGAUACGGAAGAAGAAGCUGCUGAUGAACAGAUCACAGAAGGUGAAAUAGAAGAUGAUGAAGAAGAAGAAAUUUCUAUUCAUGAAAACUUAGCUCCCACUAAGGAGCUAAGAAUGUUAAAAAUGGAGAUGGAUCGUAUGAAAGAGGAAAACAAAUCGUUGAGGAGAGUAGUGGAGCAAGCCAUGAACAAUUACUAUGAUCUCCAAAUCAAAUUCUCACUCAUCCAGCACAACAAUAUCAAGAACAAGGAUCCUCAAAUCUCUCUCUCAUCACUUCAAGGCAACAAGAAUAAUAAUAAUAUUGCCAUGAGAAGUGAAGAAGAAGGACCACCACCACCACCAGGAGCAGCACCGACAAAAACUCCAUCAAACCCUAAUAUCAAGGAUCGUAUUAGUGGAAUGAUGAUUUGGGAUUAUCACUAAGGUUACACACAACGUCAAGUACUCCAAGUGAUGCACCUCAUCAAGAUGCAGACAAAGAACAAUUAAUAAUGGCUUCUUCUUCUUCGUCGUCACUGCAACAAAACCAGUUCAUCAUCAAUCAGAUUCAUCAUCAUCAUCACUUGCCUGAUUCUUCUUCGAAUUCUCAUCAUCCUCAUGCUGCGACGUCGUCUACUCCAAAUAGAAAGGCUAGGGUUUGUGUUAGAGCAAGAUGUGACACAGCCACUAUGAAUGAUGGGUGCCAAUGGAGAAAAUAUGGGCAAAAAAUUGCUAAAGGAAAUCCAUGUCCCCGUGCCUAUUAUCGAUGCACUGUAGCUCCAGGAUGCCCUGUAAGGAAGCAGGUACAAAGAUGCAUAGAGGACAUGUCGAUCCUGAUUACAACGUACGAAGGGACACAUAAUCAUCCUCUGCCUGUAGGUGCAACAGCCAUGGCGUCUACUGCUUCAACAGCAGCUUCCUUCAUGUUACUUGACUCUUCAUCAUCAUCACAACCUAAUUAUAGUAACACUUUCGUCUCUUCAAGUAACUUCACAACCCUAAACCCUAAUCUUCAUCAUCAUCAUCCUAAUUCUAAUUUUAAAGGAGGGCUUGUGUUCGAUCUCACCAACAACCCUGCUAAUGAUAAACUGCGUUUUCCUUCCAUCAACCGUCACCAUUUUCUUGGAUGUCAAACAGAUCAGUCCUGAAAACGUUUCCUCAGCCCUAGGGUAUGUAGUUGAGAGAGGUGAAGAAGAUGAUGAUGAGUCAGCUGAUCUAUGUCUAGGGUUGAUAAAGAGAGCCAUCCUAUUAGUACCUUAGGAUCUACGUCCUCCUUUUGGUCCUUGGAAGUAGGGAUGAAUCGUCUCUAGCUCAACCAUGGAGUUAAGCUUAUAUAGGUUUACAAAAAGUUGAGUGAAUAUAGAAAGAAUAUACAGUAAAAUGGUAUGUAAAAGUUUGGAUUAUAUAGAGUACAAUGAGCCCGUGUGGCACUGGCAGGACCGGACUGAUUGAUAUUGGUAAAUGUUAUAUAUAUAUAUAUAUAUAUAUAUGCGCGCGCGCGCAUAUAUAUUGAUUGAUUAUU